GAACUCCCAUACAAAAACAUAAACAAGUUCAUCAGAUUUUGUCAGGCUUUUAGCUUAAAGCUUAUAGUAGAGGACCAUGGCAACUGGAGGACAAAAAUCAGUAGCCUCCAUCCUCUUGGUACUGAACCUAGUUUUGUACUUCAUUGUCACAGCAAUUGCUUCCUGGGCAAUGAACCACGGCAUUCAAAGAUCUCGUGAAACAGCCUCAAAUCUGUCGCCUCCAGUUCAGUUAUUUCCAAUAUAUUUCCCAAUGGGGAAUGCAGCAACUGGGGUGUUCAUACUCUUCUCUCUGAUUGCUGGUGUGGUGGGAUUCACCACCUCACUGACAGGAUUGCAGAAUGUUUCCAGUUGGAGGGUCCCUAGCUUAUAUGCAGCAGCCACUUCUUCACUCACAUCUUGGGCUCUCACUUUACUUGCCAUGGGGUAA